CAACUGGGCAAAUGCUUCAGACCACCGCCUUGCCACACUUGCAAUCAGAAAGUCCCCUGCCGCUGUCAACGAUUCCGACCCUUCCUUUGCUGGACCCAUGCUGAUGAACCCUGGUGGUCCCCCGUCACCAGCGGCAGUUAUGGCAUUCCUUGGUAAAUCCUACGCCAAAUUUAUCGACAAGCCAGGGAAACAACACUACGAGUGGACUGGGGUUGACCCUAGAGGCAUUGGAAACACUCUACCAAGAGCUCACUGCGCACCGGGAGAUUCAAUGACAUACGCUGCUCGUAAUUACGUCCUGGGAAAGCUGGGCCCAAUUCGCGCGGAUAAAACUACACUGAUACACAUGCUUGCAGAAGAAAGAACUCACGUUAAGAGACGUGAAGAUACCGAAAAGUCUUUGGGCGAAGUCUUUCCGUUUGUCGGAACAGCCAGCACAGCGCGUGACCUGGUUGCCGUGAUUGAUAAAAUUGCAGAGUCACGCGGUUGGAAGCCUCCUGCCGAGCCAAAAGGUCCCGUUGGAUCUCCUGAAAAAGGGCCUGGCAUGCCGCGUCUGAACUACAUGGGCUUCUCUUACGGCACCCUUCUUGGAAGCUAUUUUGCAUCCAUGUUCCCCGGGCGCGUUGGCAGGCUGAGGCUAGAUGGUGUUAUGGACAUCAAGCACCAAAGCACUGGUGUCCAUAUAUCAGGUUUGGUCGACUUGGAUAAAAUACUGGUCAAGUUUUUCAAGGGAUGCCACACCGCCGGCGCUGAGAAGUGCAGCCUGGCGCGCAAAGCAGACGAUUCGUAUAAGGAUACGGAAGCCCGCUUCUGGGACAUGAUAAAGAAGCUUGAGAACGAGCCCCAAGCUACCUGGGCGCCUCGACUUAAACAAUGGGUAACCAUGACUGUGGAAGAUUUGAUGAUCUAUGUCUGGGCUCGGGCGUAUGGGGCCUAUACAGAUGGCCCUUGGCUCGCCGACGUGCUCGAUCACGUUAUAAAGGGGAAUUUCACACGGUCAACAUUUAUGCACCAGUUCCGGCAGCUCAAAAAUAGUUGCGGGACUUCUCCAUGGCCUGUCUUGGCCCUCGACGGUAUGACUGCCAUUUCAGCGGCUGAUGCGUAUGAACUUGGCAAUGUGACCAUUUCCUGGCUUCAAGAGCAAGUUCGCUACGGUGAACAAGUCUCCAAAAUUUCAUCGCAGGCUCCCAUAACGCUCAGGAAUGCGGCCUGGCCUUACAGAGACAGGAUGGGCUUCCGAGGGCCGUUUACAACACCCAGGUUCUCUCAAGAGCUAACACCAGGUGUCCCUGCCGCGCCCAUCCUGUUUCUCUCUAAUCGACUCGACCCGGUUACUCCUCUCGCCAGCGCGCGCAAGAUACAAGCAAUGCACCCGGAAUCCAAGCUCAUUAUUCAGGAGAUAGAGGGGCACUGUGCAUUCAAAGCCACGAAGUCGAGCCCCUGUGUCAAUAAGCUUGUGCAAGAGUAUUUUGAUUCCGGAAAGGUGCCUGAUUUAAACCAGAUCACGUUUAGCAGUUUAUACAAGACGAUGACACUUUCAUAAAGAGCGAGUAUAGAUAUUGCAAAGGGUCCGCCAUUGAUAAGCUGGCAAGUUUUGUAUAUUAGCUCAAGGGUACAAUAUCUAGUCAUAUUUGCGCCCCAUACUAUAUUCUAUUUUAUUAAAGUUUAAUAUCGAGGUGUAAUAGAAGCUCGCUCGCGUAGCUAGACAGGUGAUGGUUCUCUACGGGGAACAUUUUUAAAGAAUAGGGUAGGCAAGCUGCGCCGAUUCACUGCCUGAUUGUGUCUGCGGAUUUUGAUUUAUUGGAUUCAGUUAAACAAAAGAAAAAAAGAAGAAAAGAAGAAAAGAAAAAGAAAAAGCCGGACCUGGAUGGUCUAAGCACAUUUUCUUUUUAAAUAAAUUUUACGUCUCAACCUAGACCGUAACGUACGAGUAGCUUGGGGCUAUAAUGUGCUGUAUCUUGGCCACAAGAAUAGAGAUGAUAAGAACGCGACUCACACUGGGAAUAACAUUCUUAUAAAAAAUAGAUAUUCCCCAUGGCAGCUUUAUUCAACGGACCCUCGUUAAC